AUGGCCGGCGUCGACAUGUCCGACGUUGGUCCCCCAACCGGCAACAAUCCGACCUCUACCCCCGAAGAGACGCUGAAGUUGCUAUACGAUCUUGACGCACUGACUCAGAUUCCAGAAGGGGAGUUCACCAAGGACAUUCCCCCACCGCCGAUAGGGGAGUUUGCAAGCAAAGCUAGUAAGUCGACCCCGACGCAAGAUGGACAGCCUGGACCGUCGUCGGUGCCGCCCUACGGUGAAAACCAGGGUGAUGACGACGAAGAGGAAGAGAGCGACGACGAAUACGACGAGCGUCCGCCGCGUAGCACGAAUCCGCGCACCUUGGAAGAACGUCUCAGGCGGGAGUUUGAAUACAUAGAUGACAUGCUCAAACAGGACGAGAAGGAGGACGAACAGAACAUGGCGGUGCCACGCGAACAGUGGAGGGCGGCAGACUUCGUAGUGGACGACAUGAUUUACGCGUGCGUCGACGUGCUCGUCAUGGAUGCCUUACGCCACCUACAAACCUUGGAGAAAAAGAGCGCGCUAAGGCUGUACACCUCGUGGAUCUACCACUACAAGAGGUGGGCGGCGAAGAUGCUGAAGCAAAUACGCGACAGGCUUCCCCAGGAGCACCGACUUAGGCACGUCGACGAGAUCGGCCACUACAUACGCGCCAACAAGAAGAAGGAUUGGGACAACGAGGUCGAGGUCCCCCGGAAGUACAUCUGGCUGCACCGCCCUAGGGUCACCGAAACCCAGCUGCGCGCCUACGUGAAGUACAUGAGUCGUGAGUGUAACCUCCUUUCCGAGCCGAUCGAGGAGGGGACCAAUGCCACGCACACCGCGCCUGUGCAAGCGACAACGGUGCACACGCUCCUCGGGCGCCUAAAGGCAUGCCAGAUGGCGGCGAGGGUGGAGGCGACGCUGUACAAGGAGAAGGAGCUGGGCAUCAUGCGGGAGAUCUCGGUGGUCAGGUCGGAGGUGCGGUUCAACGUCCGCACCAAGAACGAGAGGGACCUCAAGAAUUGCGCCGACCAUCGACGCGGCACCAUCGGCGACACCUACACCGCCGAACAGUUCCGCCAGAUCAUGAUGAAGGUGCUGCCGACAUGGGCGGCGGCGGCGUGGAACCCGCGGGCAACCACUCCUUCGCAAACGAUGUGGAGAUUCCUGCUCGUCAAGGUGCUCACGCUACUCUCCCACCACUCUCUCCUGCGCGGCGCCAGCAUCCGCGAGAUCACGCUCCCCGACAUCUUCCUGUACCAACUGGCGAGCACCUCGUCGGUGAACCCGGAGAACCAGCCGGUCGUCAUGGUGGUCGCCGCGCGUAACUCGAAGACUUCCAAGGAUGCCCGUCUUCAGCAGAGCUACGCGGCGCGACACCUGGAAGCUGAGUUGUGCGCCGUCGGCGAGACCGGCCUGUGGUUGCACUUCAUCCUCGACCAGAUCGGUCAGUUCUCCGGCGUCGACUUCCUUCCGCCGCUUGUCACCACCGAACGCGAAUGCUGGUACAAGAAGCACCUCUCCUUCGCCCGCAACGACAAGGAGCAAGACGAGCUCCCCGCCGCCAGCCACCAACGUUGGACGCGGCAGAUGUGGACGACAAACAAGGUGUUAUGCAAGCGGAACGUGCACGCCGCACGCGCCGGAGGUGCGCAGGAGCUAGCCAUCGACGGGACGCCUCGCGCCGAGAUCGCCGAGCUGGGACACUGGGCUCUCGACAAGAUGACGCGUGCUUACAUCACAGCCAUUCCCGUUGGGGUGGUGAUGAGGAAGGCCGGCUACUCGGGUUUCAAACAGGACUACUUCUUGGGUCGCAACAGGGUCGAGCCCUCUGCCAAACUCUUGGACGUCAUCGCCGAGCACAUCUUCCCCGGCGUGGAUGCUCUGCUGCGCGAUGUAUGUUAA